CAAACAUUACAGUAUGAAUUGAUACGGGUGUUAGGGCCUACUAGAGAGAUUUAACUGAUUAAAGAAAACAAAAAAGAACGAAAAGAUUUGACACCAAAAAAUCUGCAAAAAUUUCGACCAAUGGAAGACUACAAGUACUUGUUCAAGGUUGUGCUGAUUGGAGAAGCUGGUGUUGGAAAAACAUGCCUGGUUCGCAGAUUCACUCAGGGUUUAUUUCCCCCUGGCCAGGCUGCCACUAUAGGCGUGGACUUCAUGAUAAAAACAGUGGAGAUUGACGGGGACAAGGUCAAGCUCCAGAUCUGGGACACUGCUGGACAGGAGAAGUUCCGCUCCAUCACUCAGAGCUACUACCGAGCUGCACAUGGCCUAGUUCUGGUCUACGAUGUUUGCUCUCAGAACACUUUCGACGCUCUGCCCCAGUGGAUGGUCGACAUUGAGUCGUUUGCAAAUCAGAAAGUCAUGUCCUACCUUGUUGGUAAUAAGACUGACCGGGGUGAUGCAAGGGAAGUACCCACACACAUUGGGAAGCAGUUUGCAGAUCGAUACGAGAUGAAAUUCCUCGAAACCUCUGCCAAAGAGGCAGACAACGUGGACAAACUAUUUAUAGACAUGGCCACCAUACUUACUGAGGAAAUACGCAGUCGAAGACUGGUACCAGAUUCCCAGUCUGCAGACAUUUCAAAGGACACAAAAUCGAUAAGUUCAUGUGCUCAGUGUUUUAAACUCUAGAUCUGUGAUCUUGUAAGCCAAAAGCUAUCCAAGUUUUUUGUGUGACAUUGAACCAGAAUUUCUGUGCAUUUUGUGUAUGGAAAUUAUUGUUCUUCUUAGGAAGGGCAUAAUAUUCACUGAAGGUUGAAAUAAUUUCAUUUUUGAUUUUUAGCUGGACUAUUCUUCCAAUAGUCCACGCUAAUCUACUCAAUCAAAUGUCGGCGUCGGCGACUGUGUAUUGGUCCAGAUAAGGUUAACAUUCAUCAUCUCCAUAUCAGUAUCUUCACACAUGUAGCUUACAUACAGACCUAGGUUUGAGUUGCAUUUUGCCCUGUUUAGUCAAGGUCCAUGUUUCUUUAGAGAAAAAGGUUUCCUUCAAUAGCUUGUCUGGAUGGUGGUAUAUUGCUGUAAUUUUAUGUGAAGGUACAGGUGUACUUUAUAUGCAGACCUUUCUUAGCAUGUUCAAUUUAACUAAAAUAAUUUGUUAAAAAAAGAAUUUUUUUGGCAUUGUCACAUUUCUUGUUUUAAUAAAUUACUGUUAAUGUUUUAGUUUACAUAAACCAUUAUACUACCGGUGCUACAGAUGUUCAGCUUUGUGGUUAUCUAUUUGGUGACAGAAAUAUUACAUGAUACUCACAAAGCAGAUGAAUAGUUGGGCAUGCUGUCUAGGGUAGCUCUUGUUAACAGAUUUAUUUAGUCAUUUAGACUGUACUGGCUUUAAGAAAUUCAGGAGUUGCAAAUACUUGUAUUUAUUUAUUUUUAUUUCAACAUUAUUUUAGUCAAGUUUAGUUGUUUGCUAUUUGUUGCUGUUUGCCUUUUUUAUUUUUUGGCCAUCCACAGAGUGAAAGUCCAUCAAUCAAUUUAUGCAUCAUAACCGUACCAUUAUUGAGGCAAUGUGAAUAAAACGUUUCACAAAUUAUCAAUAUAUGGAGAUGGUAUGUUGUUUCCCUUUUUGAAAGUUCAUUGUUACAUGCAUGUACCAUUCUCGUAUGGUGUUACUUAUUUAGAAACGCUAAGCUCUGUGCAACACCUAUUAACAUAUCUCACAGUUUGAAGUCAAAAAGACCUACAUUUUAAUUAUUGAAAAGAUACAGCUUUAUUGGAAUUUCAUUAUUUAUCAGGAAAUAUUGAAAUUUAGUCAAGGUUGCCGUAUUCUUAGAGCAGGUAUUAGCAACACUAUUUCCUAAGCUCUAAGGUCAAUGCAACCCAGAGAUGUGAAUGUUCAUCUAUAAGCAUAAGGAAGCUUUCUGUGGCCGAACAUGUGUCGUUUUGGGGUAAUUGUAUCUGUGAGCCUGUGACGAAUAGUCAAUACUUUAAGGUUGUACAUAAACAUGUUAUAUUUAAAAAAAAUACAAAUAAUGUCUACUUGCUUAUGUAUUAUUUUGUUCUAGUCAUUUUUACCUUUUAUUGCUUUAUUUGUUUCAUGACAUAAAAUUAACGUGUUAUAAUCAUAGCACUUAUUAUUUAUUUGCUUGCCAAAUAUUGCCAAAGAACAGUGGCUGUUGUUAAUGGUUUUGUUUUGAUUAUUUUGUUUUAAGUAGUUGGUUAAGGUAAAACAUUGUGAAAUAUUUGUUCAUUAUGAGUUUGAUUGUUUACUGUUAUGCAUAAUGGUUAUGUUGAUCUCCAUAAAAAUUAUGUAUUUGUAAUGUUCAUUGUAAUUCUGAAUUGCCCUUCCAGUUAAUAUUAGCAGCACGGUAGGAAACAGAAUUCAGGAAGGCAUGUGCAUAAAGUGUUGUCCCAGAUUAGCCUGUUCUGUCUUAUUAACCACUGCACAGGCUAAUCUGGGAAGAUACUUGACACAUUGGCAUUAGGCCUUGUUACCCCAGAGUGUUGCUCAUAUAGAUAAGAAUUGUCUUCUUUAUAAUAUUAACUUUUUCAAUGACUUGUAUUGGUUCUAUGAUGCAUAGGCAUCUUAUGCAUGUGCCAAAUAGUAAGCUUCUAGUGAGAGAAGACUGGUGUGACUGUCUUCCAGUAUACCAUGAUAAGGUAUUUCAUACCCUGAUAAUAUGAGGCUUGUUCUGAGAAAACUGUGCUUAAUGCAUGUGCGUUAAGUGUCAUCCCAGAUUAGCCUGUGCAGUCCACACAGGCUAAUCAGGGACGGCACUUUCUGCCUAAACUUGAUUUUUGGUAAAGAGGGACUUCCUUGAAACUAAAAAUACCAUAAAAGCGGAAAGUGUUGUCACUGAUUAGCUUGUCCAGACUGCACAGGCUAAUCUGGGACGACACUUUAGGCACAUGCAUUAAGCCCAGUUUUCUCAGAACACGACACAUAUAAUUAAAGUAUAUUGUUUAAAAAGAUUGUCAAACAAAUUAUUUUAAUCUUGCACAUAUGUGCCAAGAUGUUCAUUUUGUUGUGUCUUGUUGUAUGUACUAUUUUAUAACAAAAUUAUGAAGUAUCAAUUACCAGCCAAUUAACAACUAUAUAGAGCUCUAUAUGUAUAUGUUGGAGUUUAACCACGAGGGAGGUACCCCAAGAAGGACUUAACAUAGUUUAUUUGUCUUUUAACAAAACAAAUCUGAAAAUGUUGACAAUCAUGAUCAGAAAGAUUGUUCUUGGAAAUCAAAGAAGAUCUAUAUCUAGGAACAUGAGCUAAACAAGGAUAUACGUGUCCCUAAAUAAAAGUGUUAAUAUGGUAUUUAAUGUAAAUAGUCACAUAUAUCUGCUGUAUCUGAAAGUUUUUAUUGUUUUUAAACACAUCAAGCCUGUUUUAAGUGUUUAUACAGCAGUACAAGCCAUGAUUUACUAUUUGUAAGCCGUACUUAUAAUAACUUAAACAAAAGAAAAUGACAAAUAAUGCAUAAGGUUAUUGCGUCUGGUUGUGUUCUUAAUUUUAUUGAUUGGCAUUUGAUGUUUUGUGAUUGUCAGUUUCUUGUCUAAUUUUAUAUGUUUACUACAUUUAUUUUUGUUAUCACUUAUAAUGACAGUGUUGUGUUCACGAUUAAGUUGUAUUUUACUUACAGUUUUGUUUUAUGUGAAAUUAUCAUAGCUUUUAAACAUUUACUGCAAUAACUUACAUUAUUAUAUUGCCUUUAUUUAAUCAGCAUGGUAUACAAUAAGUGUUUGCUAGUGUUUACUAUAAAUGCAUGCUCCAACCCUAAAGUUUUACUAGCUGAAUCAGCUUUAUGGCAUUUGUCCAGUCUGGCGAGUUUAUUUUUAUUUUAAAACUGUCACUGCAAUGUUAAGCAGUCUUCUUACAUGAUUUGUUUUACUAUGCAUAACAUACACAUAUUGUGUACAUGUUGUUAGCAGUUAGCAGUUAGUUUACAGUGUCAACUUGUUUAAAUUGAUCUAGUCCUUAUUUGAUAAUAUUUGCAAAAUGUGUUCAUUUAACUAUUUACAUAAUUAAAUCAUGGUUUACAGGAUUAUUUUAUGCACUUCAUGUUUCUGUGUAGGCUUAUAUAAUUAUUUGUGCCAAAAUAAAAUGCAGUUUUGAAUAA